ACUCCCGCACAUCUUGUGCAACACGUCUUUUUCUCUUAUUUUCUCUCUGUAUCUACUACCACUCUAUUAUAUUUUGUGCUGGACGUCGUACUCACAUUCUCUACCCAUACCCUUCUUCGGAUCAAUAUCCACUAGUGCGACGCCAUUGGCAGCCACCCUUGAACUGAAAACCACUAGUGUUCCUUGGGCCACCAUUACAACUAAUCCCUGUACAAGUCCUGUGGGAUAGUGUUUUUUAAACCAAUUGGUUCAACGUCUGACGAAAUCGGCCGAUACAUCUGGUAUAUAACCAGUAAAUCGAGUCAUAUUACGCGAGGAAGUAUUUAGUUCGGAGACGUACGGUCAGUGUACAAUUCGGGACCUCUCGUUCGCUGGCAACCCACCACUAACGCUUCGUUACAUAUAUACCCUCAGUGUUCACAUACACCCUCACAUACACAACAUGGAAGACCUGUCGCCGCCAUCUUCACCUUCACCUUUGACUUCAGAUUCCUCCCGGUCAUCUUCCAUCUCCUCCCCUCGCACUCCUCCAAAUUUGCAUCAAAACAGCAUUGAUCCUGACGCUCAAUGGAUAGUACAGAAGUUUGGUGGGACAAGUGUGGGCAAGUUUGCUGUAAAGAUUGCUGAAGAGAUUGUCUCGGAGUAUCUCGAUCAACAUAAAGUUGCCAUCGUAUGCUCUGCUCGUUCAGGAUCCACAAAAGCUUUAGGCACGACCAACCUUCUUCUCAAAGCGGCUUCCGAAGCGUUGCAACCAGUCCGAAACACAAGCGCAGCCAAUACCCCAGGGAACGUCACACCGAAUGGACUUUUCUCCCCAUUAUCUCCCAAUGGCAGCCCGCGUCCAAGAAGCAAGUCGAACUCAAGAUCUGAUUCGGUAUUCGGCACAUUCUCGAUGACUUCGACAAAAGACGGGGAGCCUUCUUUCAAUAGAACUGUUGAUAUGAUUCGGUUGGAACAUUUGAAUGCAGCACGUUCUAGUGUUCGCGACCCAUCACUGCUGAAGGAGUUGGAAGCUGAGCUUGAGAGAGACUGUGACGGCCUGAGAUCGUUCUUGUUCGCGGCACAGGUUAUAGACGAAAUCUCACCACGUUCAAAAGACAGUAUCAUCGGAUUCGGUGAACGUAUGUCAUGUAAAAUAAUGGCGACCAUUCUGCGAGAUAGAGGUGUAGACGCAGAGUUUGUGUCGCUAGAAAACAUCGUUCCUAUUCCAGAGGACGGCGACCUGACAUUCGAAGGCGAUACCCUCGGUCAAGAGUUCUACGACAAAGUUGCCCAUGUAGUCGGCGAACGCAUAAAACAGUGCGGCCCUCGAGUUCCCGUUGUCACAGGUUUCUUCGGCCCCAUACCUGGUUCACUGUUACGCCAAGUUGGCCGAGGCUAUACCGACCUACUAUCUGCACUUCUCGCAGUCGGCCUCACUGCGUCAGAAUUGCAGAUCUGGAAAGAGGUCGAUGGUAUAUUCACGGCUGACCCGAGGAAGGUCCCGACCGCCAGGCUUAUUCCUAUCAUCAGUCCCGAGGAAGCUGCCGAGUUGACGUACUAUGGGAGUGAAGUCGUCCAUCCAUUCACCAUGGAGCAGGUCAUCCGAAGAAGGAUCCCGAUCCGCAUCAAGAAUGUCGAGAAUCCCAAGGGGGGCGGCACCGUCAUCCACCCUGACGAAGACAUCAACGCCGCCGCAGGGACAAUGACACCAUCAGACUCAUCCGAAGGAACAGACGUUACACAGCAACUAUCCUUCAAGCCUCUUUCAGUACUCACCGGAGGUCCUCUGUCAGACUAUUCCUCGUUGCAGGAUCGACAUAAAGUCCCGACAGCUGUCACGAUCAAGGAACAUAUCGUAGUACUGAACGUGAAUAGCAACAGGAAGAGUGUAUCACAUGGCUUCCUGGCAGGGAUCUUUGGUGUACUGGACCGCUUUGGUGUUGUCGUGGAUUUGAUUAGUACCAGUGAGGUCCAUGUCAGUAUGGCGAUCGAGGACCACAUGCAGAAGAAGAUGCUCGAAAAAGUCGUGCGAGAGCUGCGCAAGAGCGGGUCGGUUUCCGUACAUCAUGACAUGGCUAUUCUCUCCCUCGUCGGCAAGCAAAUGCGUCAUCUGGUCGGAAUCGCCGGUCGUAUGUUCACUACCCUGGGUCAGGGCAAUGUCAACAUCGAGAUGAUCAGUCAAGGCGCCAAUGAGAUCAAUAUCUCUUGUGUUAUAGAUGGGCGAGACGCGAUAAAGGCACUGAACCUGAUCCAUCAAAGUUGUUUGCAGAUUCGACCGGAAGGGGCACUGGGUAGAGUUGGUCCUUGGCUUUUCUAAAACAUCGUAGACCCCAUGUACGUUAGACAAUGUACUUGUGAUAGUAGAAACUGUAGAGUAUGCACCACUUUAGCCUGUAAAUUCGGCAACUAAACCGAUCGUAAGCAAACACUCGAUCAAGCCUAGUGGUUAAUGUAACGCCGAAGCCCGACUUUCUCGGAGUCGGGUUCGGACAAUCGCACUCG